UUGUUAAUUUCCAAGUUAAAAAAACUUGAAAAAGAAAUUUUAGGAAGCCAGCUAAUCUAUAUUUUAAAGCUUUCUGCUAAGGCAACCACUUCAAGCAGCAAAACGAAUUUUUUACCACUAAAUUUUAAUUAUUUAAUUGUCACUUCCAAGAAAACUAAAUCAUCUAAACGGAUGGAAAAGGAGAUAAUUUGCACUCAAGGUCCAAUGCCUAGUACAACUGAAGAUUUCUGGAGAAUGGUCUGGCAAGAAAAGUGCGUGGCAAUUAUUAUGUUAUGCCGCGUUAUCGAAAAUGGUAAGAAGAAAUGUGAACAAUAUUGGCCUCUCGAAGCUGAUGAAUGGGUAAUAAAAUUUGUCGUUCUAGGCAUCUAUGAAAAUUCGAAAGUCCUAAAAGUUAAACACGUACUUUGGAGUGCGUGGCCAGAUAAAGGAGUACCAACUUCCACGACAAGCGCUUUAAAGUUGAUAUUUCGUACUCAAACUUAUUCGCCAUGCGUUAUCCACUGCUCAGCUGGUUCAUUUCAUUAUUUUUAA